AUGGCAAGUCUUCAAGUGUCAGGCAUGGUACUUUCAGGUUCAUCAUCAUCUUGUUGUAGUCAUAAAAGAAUGGUUAGAGCCACUAUAAAUGCACCGAAAAAUUGGGUAAGUCCUCCAUCUCUCCCAAACCUUUCCAACAAAGAUUUUAUGGAGGAGCUGAGGAUUAGACCAGGUGGUUAUAGAAUACCAACAACAACAAAUACUACUAUACAAAUGGAGAAAGGAUCCAGUCCCAAGACCGGUGGUUCCGAUCCAGUGGCGAUUGCCAAGCUUUACGCAGUCAUGGAAGCCGUAGCAGAUAGAAUAGAGAUGCACAAGAACAUUGGAGAGCAAAGAGAUAACUGGAACCACCUGCUUUUGACAUCCAUUAAUGCCAUAACUCUCACUGCAGCUACCAUGUGUGGACUUGCAGCCGCUAGUGCAAGUGGUGAACCUCUUGCAGGACUCAAGGCAUCUUCUACAAUGCUUUAUCUUGCAGCAACAGGAAUUUUGGUUAUAAUGAACAAGAUCCAACCUUCACAGCUUGCUGAAGAGCAGAGGAAUGCUGUUCGGUUGUUCAAGCAGCUUCACGGCCAGAUUCAAACUUUGUUGUCCAUUGGCAAUCCUACUGUCAGUGAUGUCAAUGAAGCAAUGGAGAAUGUUUUGGCUCUAGAUAAGGCAUAUCCACUUCCAUUAUUAGGUUCCAUGCUUGAAAAGUACCCAUCAAGUGUAGAGCCUGCAGUUUGGUGGCCUCAACGAAGGCGAAAACAAGCGAAAGGGAUCGGUAAGAAGAUAGAUAGAAAUGGGUGGAAUGAAGAGAUGGAAGAUGAAAUGAGAGAGAUUGUUGGGGUUUUGAAAAGAAAAGAUGAAGCAGAUUACUUGAGAUUGAGUGAAAAAACCUUGAAAGUUCACAAGAUGCUGGCGAUUUCCGGUCCUAUACUCACCGGUCUUGGAGCUUUGGGGUCAGCUUUGGUAGGCAGUACUAACUCAUGGGCUGUGAUAUUCGGAGUUGCUGGUGGUGCCUUGGCAAGCAUAGUGAAUGCAAUGGAGCAUGGAGGCCAAGUUGGGAUGGUAUUCGAGAUGUACAGAAGCAAUGCUGGUUUCUUUAAGCUUAUGGAAGAGACUAUAGAAUCAAACAUAAAUGAAAGAAAUGUAUGGGGAAGAGAAAAUGGGGAAGUUUUUGAAAUGAAGAUGGCAUUACAACUAGGAAGAAGCCUAUCAGAGCUCAAACAUCUUGCAGCUUCUUCAAGAAAUGCUGAGGAGGUCAUUGAUGAAGAAUUUGCCAGCAAGCUUUUCUAG